UUAAAAAGUAUUCAAAGUCUCAUCUUCAUUACUAUAUAAUACUAAUCUAUACUGGAGAUAUAGAAGAUGAAGUUAACAACUUUGAUUUUUCUUUCUUUCUCCCGCCACAAAUUAAGCAGUUGAAGAAUGGAUACUCUGCCUUGUGAAGUCUUGGUGAACAUACUCUGUAGGCUUUCACUCAAACAUGUACACCAACUUCAAACUGUUUCAAAGUUAUGGUUCAAAAUAAUCUCUAGUCCACAUUUCAGAAGACUCUACAACGUGAAAUCCAUGAAUCGUCCUCAAGCACGUGUAGUUCAAGUACCUGACACCAAGUUUUCACCGAGCUGGGAAAUGAUUAGUCGAACCAUCAUUAUAUCAGCUAUGGACCUCAAUAUUGACAACGGUGAGAUCCAUGAAGAGUUCAGUUUUGAGGAUAUUAUGUCCCCCCAACACUCCUUCACCAUAUCAUCCAAUCUCAUCAUUUUCAAUCACAAGGUAUGCAAUCCUACAACAAAAGAGAUCAUAGACAUACCAAUAUCAAGUCAUCCAUCAAUUAGUUUCGAUGCUACGUAUAUCCCAUCCAACAAUACAUACAAGGUUGUCCAUUUAUAUGGUACCAAACCUGGCCAUGACUACAACUUCAACUAUGGUAAUACCCCUGUAGAGUUCCGAUUUGAGACUCUUACACUACGAGAUGGAGGACCAAUUCCUAGUUCUUGGAAAGCCCUGACACACCAAGAAUGGUUUUCUAGUAAGAUAGAGUCAACAUGUGUAAAUGGUGUAGUUCAUUGGUUGCUUGAAAGAGGACUUCGAAAGGAAAGGCGUAUCAUUUCAAUGGAUAUUGAAAGUGAGAAUUUCUUGAGUUCCAUUGGUUGCCCCAAUAAUCCUUAUGUGGAGGAGGCACCGAUACUCGAGAAUGUUCAGUUAGCAGAUUUGAAUGGGAGGUUAUGUUUAGCUUACUACUCAGAAGAAUUACUCAGGAUGGAUCUAUACUUUGUCAAGGAUCGGACGAACCAAGAAUGGGUAAAGGAACAUACUAUCAAUUUAUCAGCUGGUAUGGGGAGUUGGUUCAAAAUAGUAGGGUAUGUACAAUUACAAGGCAACAAUGGAGACAUUGUUAUUGAUGGUAAACAACUUAUCCUCUAUAACAUCGAAGAGAAUAGGUUUAGAAGUCUACCUAGGCCUAAAAUGAACAUUCAUAUUGGCUUGUACUUUGAUAGAUGUUUUAAGUUAGAAAGCACAAUGCAACAAACUGAUAGAUUUUCUAUCUAAUUAAUGGAUCUUUGUAUUAAUGA